UCCGGUGUGAACGGUGCGUCCCGGUAUGAGCUGAGGGCUGAGCGGGGAGGUGGGCCGAGCCGCCGGGAGGAGGAGGAGGAAGACCCGGUCCGGCCUCCUUCUCCGACUCCGAAGACUUCGGGAAACUUUUCUACCGACUUCCUUCCAUGUUUCCGUGAAAACGGUCCGCGGUUCGUCCACACAGCAAGGCCGCCGGGCCGCAGCGAGCCGCGGGGAGGACCGACGGCGGCAUGUCGGAGGGAACCGGAGCCGUCUGGACGUGAGCGGUCGGCGGGGAGGAACCUCCAAGGAGCCCCGCUGCUGAGGAAGAUGGAGGAGGAGAAAGAGACGUCUGAGGAGAAGGAGGAAGAGGAGGAGCAGCUUCAUCAUCACAUGGCGGCGUCCUCCGUGGACCAGCAGGACCUUCCCAUCAUGCACUGGGAGGACCUGAGCCAGCGGAUUGCUGAGCUGGAGAAACAGGAGCAGGAGAGGACCAAGAGGGUGACGGGGGUGAGGACGGAGGACGAGGAGGACGACUUCAGGAGGUGUCGAGUCGCCGUCGUCACGUCACGGUUUUCCAGCCACAGAAACCUUCAGCUGUGUUUCAUCAACAACAGCGACAGCGACGAGGACGAUGAAGGACGUGAAAAGAAGGUUGCCGUGGGAACGAGACACAACGGUUGCCAUGCCGCUGGGCUGAAACAGGAAGUGGCCACGGCUCUGAGGACGCUGAGAGACGAGCUGCUGGCCGAGCAGAAGCAGCAGGAGCAUCUGGCCGGCAGCAGCUGCGUCUCCCAGAGGAAACAUCUGGAGCGUUGGGAGCUGCAGCAGCGUUCGGUUCAGCAGCUCUGCAGCCUGAAGGCUUCACUCCAACGCGAUGUUCAUGCUCUGAGCUCGGAGCUGGUGGCCCACUUGCUGGUCCGAGACCAGCUGAGGACGAAGCAGGACGCAAUGCUGCUGGACGUCCAGGACCUGACCUAGCCAGAGGUCCACCACCGGGACCAGAUCAGGACCAGAUCAGGACUCGUUCAGUCCAUCAAGUCAGAAUUCAGGAAACAUGUUGCUGCAACGUCUCCGUUCAGAGUUUAUCUAAAGUUUUUCUCUGGGACCCAAAGCUAAGGUCUGUAUAAACAUUUUUGGCUGCGUUCUGAGAGUUUAUUCAUUUUCAGACUCACCUAAGGGAGUCAUUUAAGGGUCAAUAUCUCCAGACGUUUAACCUCCACAGUCAAGAAGUUUGGUGAAGACUCAGAUAGCAAUUGAAAGUGGUCUAGUGUCUCCAUAAAGUUCCUGUAAGUGUAUAUCUAUGGAUGGAUCCAUAUUUCCACUAAAAUACAGUCUUUGGUCCACAUUUCACCAACUGUUGAGGCUCUAGCAUCCGUAGAAUCCGAUGUGUGGAAAGUAUGGCAAGAAAACUCUGGCUAUUAUGACUUGAAACUUGCCCAGAAUUAUUCGAAAUCAGUCCAAAAUAAUUUAAAAUUUGUCCACAAUGAUUAAAAGUUAGUCCAGAAUGACCCCAGAGUUACCUCUAACCUGUCUAAAAUUAGUUAAAAUUUGUUCAAAAUUACUUUAAACUUGUCUAAAAUUGCUCAAAAUGGUCCAAAAUGACAGUUAUAAAAAAAUUAUUGCCCCUUAAAAUGGAAAAAAGUGGACAAUUUGCAAUCCAGGUUGGUCCAGUGUCUCCAUAAAGUUCCUGUCUGUCUCUAUCUAUGGAUGGAUCCAUAUUUCUGAUAAAAUCCAGUCUUUGGUCGACAUUUCACCAACUGCUGAGGCUCUAACAUCAGUAGAAUCUCAAGAUGUUGGUGUUCAUAGAGGUCUAGAUGUUUAUAGAGGUCUAGAUGUUCAUAAAGAUCUAGAUGAUGGUGUUCAUAGAGGUCUAGAUGUUCAUAGAGGUCUAGAUGUUCAUAGAGGUCUAGAUGUUCAUAGAGAUCUAGAUGUUCAUAGAGAUCUAGAUGUUCAUAGAGGUCUAGAUGUUCAGAGAGGUCUAGAUGUUGGCGUUCAUAGAGGUCAACUUUAGGUCUUAAAGGUCUAAAUUCUCAAAAGCUGCUUCAGCGUCUCUGUUGGUGUUGAUGUCUGGUGCAUUAGUUGAAGCUGAAUGGAGACAGGCUGCACAGUGGCCUAGUGGUUAGCACUUUUGCCUUUAGCAAGAAGAUCCCGGUUCAAAUCCUGGCCUGGGAUCUUUCUGCAUGUAGUCUGCAUGUUCUCCCUGUGCAUGCGUGGGUUUUCUCCGGGUACUCCGGCUUCCUCCCACAGUCCAAAAACAUGCUGAGGUUAAUUGGUUACUCUAAAUUGUCCGUAGGUGUGAAUGUGAGUGUGAUUGUGUGUCUGUAUAUGUAGCCCUGUGACAGACUGGUGACCUGUCCAGGGUGUCCCCUGCCUUCACCCGAGUCAGCUGGGAUAGACUCCAGCACCCCCCAUGACCCGAGUGAGGAUAAAGCGGUAUAUAGAGGAUGGAUGGAUGGAGAUGGAACCUGAACUGUUGACACCAUCAGAUGGAGACACUUAAACUUAGUUUUGGGUUCCAGAUAAUAAAUAAGAUAAACUCUGAACUAAACAUUGGAUUGAUCCGACUGAAGAAUCAGCAGAAGUUCAGAGACGGAGACACAACUGGAUAUUCGGGUUUAAAAGAAAAGUUCCUUGAGAAGAAUUCAUGGACUUCAAGCAGCAGGAAGAAGAAGAACAAUCAGCUCUCAGAUCCUUAAUCUGACUCAGGAUCUGGUCUUCAGGUUCAUGAUCAGCAGAAAAAGGGUUUCAGCACAUAUUUACGGACUCUUCAGAGAGGAAGGAGCUGUUUCCGCUCGGCUUUGGAUAUUUUUUCGCUCACAGUAACCAUGAACUGAGGAGGUUUUCAUACUUUUACAAUCUCCAGCUUCAAUCUCAUUACCUAACAAUCAUGAGUUGGAAAGAAAUGAAAGCUGUGAAAUUAUUUUUCUUUUAACGCCAGCGAGAUGGAAACACAUUUUUAAGACGUUUAAAAUUAAACCAAAACUUUAAAAUCCUCUACAGGAGAAAUAAUAAACCAUGAGGUUUUCACUGAACGUUCAAUCACUGAAUCUUUAGAUUAGAUUUAGUUCAUUAAUUCAUCAGAAAUCGUGUUUCUUUUCUUUUAUCUGACCGACAGACUAAAACCCUGAAAUGAAGAUGAACAUUAAAUCCUCAAACUAAACAGGAAGUCAGAAAAAAUCUGUUAAUUUUCAUUCAGAAUCAGUUUGUUUGGAACAUUUCUGCUACUGUUCAAAGUCUUAGAAACUAAAUUUAGACGUUAAAUGCAUCCUGAAAAUAUAAGCAUGAGCAGAAAAGUAUAAAAUUAAAAAAUGUCCGUCAUACAGGAACGUUUAUCAGAAAUAAAGUUUACUUUUAGGAGGCAGUUUGAACAGAUUUCAGUCAUUUAAAUCCAGCUAUAAAACAAUCAGUUUUUCAGAGACAAUCAUCUGAUCGAUGGUGGAACAUUUUUCCUGAACGUCGUGUUUGAGCAAUUUAAGUUAAUUCCACCUUAAGAUUUUAUAAAUAUUCAUUUGCUUCAUUCUGCGUCUUUUUCACUUGUUUGACGAAGAACAUUGUUUCGAAGUCGAUGAAUCUAUGAGUUAUUUGGUCUAAAAAUACCAGAAAAAUGGUGAAAAAUAUCCUUCAGUUUGGUCCAAAACCUAAAAUAUCCAGUUCACCUUCAUAAAGGAGGAAAGAAAGCAGAAAAUAUUCACGUUUAAGAAGCUGCAAUAACAGAAUUUAACCUCUUCUUUUGGUUCCACCUUAAAUUCUGCUAAAUCUUUGAGUUUUCGACCAACGAACGAACAAAAGGCUCAAUUGAAGACUUCAUAAUUAUUUUAAUCCGCUGUGUUUUUAAAAUAAAUUACCAAAAUGAUCAUUUAUCCGUCAGAAACAAACAGAAUCUUCAGAUUUCCAACGGCCAUUGAACACAUCAUAGGGUUCCAUUGGGGAAAAAUGUUUAAAAAUUGCCAAAAUAAAGCGUUUCACCAACACGGAUUCCAUGAAAAACUAAAAUGUUAUGAUUCUCAACACAACUGAGACCCAGCGACCAACUCAGCUGAGACCGACGGUAACGUGAGAAAAAUUCUGAGUGUUUAGACGUUUUUUUUUUCCAUAAAAAGUUCUCAAACUAAUUAAUGAGAUCUGAAAACAGCUGAGAAUAAUGAGUCAGUGUCAGACAUUUGACCUCCACCGUUUGGAGAAGCAGAAGAGUUCAGAGUUCGUGGAGUUUAUGGACUGAUGGGUUUUUAUCUGCUCCAGAUUCAGACGUAAAUAUUUCACACGAUGCAGAAACGUUUUCAGGAAAUCUUCAACCAGAGGAAGGUGGAUUUAAAGAAGAUCUUCAUGAUAAAGUUUAAUUUGAAUGCAGGAAACAAAUGUAAAGAGGAUUUUCUCAGGUAGAAGCAGCAGCAGUUUGUCAGAACGUUCAGAUCUGAAGGUUUUUCCACUUUAACACUAAACUGUUAUUUUUUUCUAUAAAUCGUGUUUUUGCUGAACGAUGAGACAAAUCUAAUGAACUAAAAGGGAUUCAGCUGUUUGGACUCUAACUUAUCUAAUUUAAGUUUUAUUGUUUUUUAUUUUAUUAUUUUGCUUGAUGUCAAAGGGAACAUUACAACCAGAAAUCUGGAUGUUUUCAUGUUUUAUUCUGAAAAGCUGAAGAGGAAUCUCACCAAAACUCAUUUCCUCAAAACUAGAAUAAAAUUUUAAAAAAUGGCGUUUGCUUUUUAGUUUAAAAACAGCAACACUAACUUUAUAUUAAUCUAUAAUGUUACACAAAUGCAUUGAAAGAACAGAGUUCUGGUGGUGUUCCUCUUUAUCUCCAGGUCCAGUCAGACGUUCUGAAUGUUUACCCUGAAUUCAAAGGGAAUAAUCCACUGAAUGAAGAUGUUUAAGGUUCGUUAACUCCACCUGCGUACUUUAAUUAACUCCCUGGACAUUUUUAAGGUGGUUUAAAAUUUUCUGAGAUGAGAAGCUGAAUGUUAUUUACAUGGAAACACUAAAAGGGAAACUUUUUUAUUCACAUAGAAAUAUUUAAAGUCACUGAAAUGUGGUUUUGGGAAACGUUGAGGGAGAUUUACUAAAGAGACAACGAAGGAGAGUCGAGUUUUUAAUUUCACUGUGACUUUAAGAGUAUUUAGAGAUGUAUUUUAAAAUGUAAAUAAAAUAAAUUACAAAUGUAAAUGCAAACAUUAAUUCUAAAAUAUAUGUUGAGAUGCAAAAA